AUGACUCACACUGACGAACCGAACACUGACACUGACGAAUUCGAGGACGACUCGCAACGGCUCCCGCCGCUUCCCCCGACCCAAGCCGACCAGGCCGAACCCGCCUCGCCCGCCAUGGAGCAGGACGACUCCGUCGCGGAGCUUGACGCUCCUAGUAUGGAGCUCGACGCCAUCCGCGACGGCGACGUCCCCUCUCCCAUCCCCCGGUCUCCUCAGACGAGGACGAUUUUAUUCUUGUUGGCAACAAGCGUGCCAAGAAGACCCAGGGCUCCCAGCCAGCCAAAACAAAGCGUGCCCAUGACGGCACCGCUAAAACCGCCCCCGGUCCGAGUGCACGCGAUCACGCCACCGCAGAUUGCGGCCGUAGGCCCAACACCCCCACGCCCCCAGUUGCACCCUCUGCCUCACAGAGGGUCACACCGCGAAUUACCGCGGUUGUUCACGCGCCCCACGUCCCGCCAAAAAGAAGGCCACCCACACCCAGGGCAACCGUGCUCCGGCACGUGCCCCCGCCAAGGCUCAAACACAACCCGAGCCACUCGUACCCCCCCUCUGCCUGCUAACAAUGCCUGGAUUAAACCCCCGGCAAUUGUAAGCAAGGUAGCACCCAACCCGCCCGCCCAGAAAGCCCCGCCCGCCCAGUCGCCCCCGCCCGCCCAAUCGGCCCCGCCCAUGCCCAUACACAAACCCGUCCCCAAAACACUGCCCGCGGCCCCCAAGGCCAACGGCAGCUCCCUCGCGCAGGACUUCGCAUUGGUCGCUCGCUUAGCCAGCACCAUCGACCCUAACGAGAUUGCCCUUCUGGCCUCCAAGCUCCGCCUGUAUAAGGAGUCGCCCCAAAAUAGGCUCGCAGCCGUCUGCGAGCACAUCGGCGUACUUACCGCCAUCCUCAAUUUUAACCUGUAA